AGAGCUUUCGUAUAAAUAUCUACGAAUAGAUUUUUUUUUUUUCAAAAAAAAAAAUAUUACUAUUACAUUUGGAGGAGCUGAGAUCCGAUCCAUUACUCUCCUCGGGAAAAAGAUGUCUUCAACAUUCAGCGGGGAUGAAACUGCUCCUUUCUUCGGCUUCUUGGGGGCCGCUGCUGCCCUUGUUUUCUCCUGUAUGGGAGCCGCUUAUGGGACCGCUAAGAGUGGGGUUGGUGUAGCGUCGAUGGGGGUGAUGCGGCCAGAGCUGGUAAUGAAGUCGAUCGUACCCGUGGUUAUGGCUGGUGUGCUUGGUAUUUAUGGCUUAAUUAUUGCUGUUAUCAUUAGUACCGGAAUUAAUCCAAAAGCUAAAUCUUAUUACCUUUUCGAUGGGUACGCGCAUCUGUCACCCGGUCUCGCUUGUGGCCUCGCUGGUCUUUCCGCUGGUAUGGCUAUUGGGAUCGUUGGUGAUGCUGGCGUUAGAGCAAAUGCACAACAGCCAAAGCUUUUUGUUGGGAUGAUCCUCAUUCUCAUCUUUGCUGAGGCAUUGGCACUAUAUGGCUUGAUCGUCGGCAUUAUUCUCUCUUCCAGAGCUGGUCAGUCAAGAGCUGAGUGAAAAAAGCCCCAAUUACUAGUGACUGUAUGGUUGGCUGUGGUUCCUGAAGAAUUGUUCAAAUAUAUCUCUCUGUUUUUAGUUUUGCUCAGGAAGUGUUUUCCGCAUAAAAUUUCUUGGAUGCCUGUGUUGAGCAUUUCUACAGAUUGAGAAAUUCACAGUGGCUGUAGCUGAUGAUAGAUUAGAGAUAUAAAUUAGUUGUUAAUCAUUAUAAGAUUGUGUAUUUGUGGAUCCCAUGUAAGCCUUGUAGAAUUACUGUUUUCAUUAUUCUUUUUGCUGGUUUUCUCUC